GGAGGGUUGUUGGAGGGGGGGUUAUUAUAGUAUUGUCCGCCCCUUAAUCCGGUUGGCUCAGAGACUGCCCGCAGGCCAAUUUGUAAGUGGUUUGCGGAGCUGCCAAUCAAAGCAGACAUCCUCUCCUCAGGCUGGUGGCUACGAAACAUCUCAGUUGCUGUGUGGAGAGAUUUGACGGAGGGACACUCCUGUACAUGGACCAUCACUGCGCUGCAAUCCGCCGCCUGCCUGCUCACACCGACACACACACACACACGCACGCAUGUAAUGCCUCGGUGAAAUCUGGAGCGUACACGGUGGAGAAAAGACGCAUGUGAAUAUUUUAAUUUUUUUUUUUUUUUUGCAUGUCAGAAGAGGAGGAGGAACUAGUCGCCGGGGUCCGCGGCUGUUUGUCUUUUUCUUAUCGCUUCUCUCACCUCCACCACCUCCACCUCCUCCUCCUCCUAUGUCACUCUAAUUAAUCGGAGGCAUGUGGAAUCGCACCAGGAUUAGGAAUUGCUUCCCAAUAGUGUGCCUGCUGUUGACGUUAUGGACGGAGGUGUCCCAGUCAACCGGCUAUUUCGAGCUGCAGCUGAUCUCCGUGGAGAAUGUAAACGGCGAGUUGGCGGACGGGCAGUGCUGCGACGGCUCCAGGGGCUCCCAGGACCUGCGCUGCACUCGAGACGAGUGCGACACUUACUUCAAAAUCUGCCUGAAGGAGUACCAGAUGGAGGUCGCCACCACCGGCACCUGCACGUUCGGAGCUGGAUCUACGCAAGUUCUCGGUGGAAAUACGUUUUCUUUUAAGGGCGUCAAGAAUAACCCGAAUAAAAUCGACGAAGCUGGCAAGAUAUUGAUCCCCUUCCAGUUUGCCUGGCCGCGGACAUACACGUUGCUUGUAGAGGCCUGGGACUGGGACAACACCACACGCAAUAGUGAGGAGGAGCUGCUGAUCGAACGCAGCGUUCACACCGGCAUGAUCAACCCCGGUGACCACUGGCAGACCAUCCUGUACGACGGGCCGGUGGCUCGCCUCAUCUAUCGUAUUCGGGUGCGGUGUGACGAGAACUACUACAGCAACAAGUGCAAUAAGCUGUGUGUUCCUCGUGACGACUACUUUGGCCACUAUCGCUGCGAGCCUUCAGGGGCACAGGUGUGUCUGGAUGGCUGGAUGGGUCCAGACUGCACGACAGCGAUCUGCAAGCAAGGCUGCAACCUGUUACAUGGCACCUGCUCUGUCCCGGGAGACUGCAAGUGUAGCUACGGUUGGCAGGGCCAAUUCUGUGAUGAAUGCGUGCUUUACCCCGGAUGCGUCCACGGGACCUGCGGCAACCCCUGGCAGUGCAUCUGUGAGAGAAACUGGGGUGGCCUGCUGUGCGAUAAAGAUCUGAAUUACUGCGGUCGCCACCAUCCUUGUGUCAACGGAGGAACGUGCAUGAACACCGAACCGGAUGAGUACAACUGCGCCUGUCCACAGGGGUACUCCGGCAAGAACUGUCACAUCGCCGAGCACGCCUGUGUUUCCAAUCCUUGCGCUAACGGUGGUACGUGCCACGAAGUUCCCACGGGGUUCGAGUGCCAGUGUCCAGCAGGCUGGGAGGGUCCGACCUGUGCCAACAAUUUGGACGAGUGUGCCUCCAGCCCAUGUGCUCGAGGAGGAACCUGCAUCGACCUGGAGGACGGCUUCGAGUGUGUGUGCCCUCCACAGUGGGAAGGAAAGACCUGCCAGAUAGAUGCAAAUGAGUGUGCGGCAAAGCCCUGCGUGAAAGCUCACUCUUGCAAAAAUUUGAUUGGCGGAUAUCACUGCAUCUGUUUUCGGGGAUGGUCCGGACAAAACUGUGACAUCAACAUGAACGGCUGCCAUGGUCAGUGCAAGAAUGGAGCGACAUGCAAGGAGGGUCUGAAGGGUUACCACUGCCAGUGUCCACCAGGUUUCGUGGGCACUCACUGUGAAAUCCAGAGGAAUAAGUGCGACAGCAAACCAUGCCAGAACGGCGGCCAGUGUCACACAGUGUUGGACAGCUUUGUGUGUCAGUGCCCACCAGAGUUUGGUGGACAGCUGUGUGAGAUCUCUAACUGGCCCCCGUCAGAUGCUUGCGAUCCAAACCCUUGUGAAAAUGAGGCCAAGUGCCACAGCAUGGACCAGGACUUCUACUGCGCAUGUCCUGAAGGCUACGAGGGAAAGACGUGCGAACUGCUCAAGGAGAGCUGUCAAACCGCGCCGUGUCAAGUCAUUGACAGCUGCACUGUUGCUAUAGCGACCAACGACUCAGCUGGAGUGCGGCACAUCUCCUCCAACGUCUGCGGUCCACGAGGACGCUGCAUCAACCAGCCGGCGGGCAACUUCAGCUGCGAGUGUGAUCCAGGUUUCAGCGGCAUGUACUGCCAUGAAAAUAUUAACGACUGCAUCAACAACCUCUGUGGAAACGGAGGGACCUGCAUUGAUGGAGUGAACUCCUUCCAGUGCCUCUGUCCCGACGGCUGGGAAGGUCGACUCUGCGACCUCAAUGUCAACGAGUGCAGACACAACCCGUGUAAGAACGGCGGACGAUGCGUCGACCUGGUGAACGACUUCUACUGCGAGUGUGCCGACAGCUGGAAGGGCAAGACCUGCCAUUCCCGUGAAAGGCAAUGUGACGCGACCACCUGCAGUAACGGAGGCACCUGCUACGACCACGGGGAUGCCUUCCGCUGUGCCUGCCCACCUGGUUGGGGAGGAAACACAUGCAACACAGCCAAGAACAGCACAUGUGCCUCCAGUCCUUGUUCCAACGGUGGAACCUGUGUGGGAGGAGGGGACACCUUCACCUGCAUCUGCAAAGAGGGCUGGGAAGGACUCACCUGUGGCCAAAAUAUAAACGACUGCAACCCUCAUCCAUGUUACAACGGCGGCAUCUGUGUGGACGGAGUCAACUGGUUUCGGUGCGAGUGCGCUCCAGGUUUCGCCGGACCGGACUGCCGAAUCAACAUAAACGAGUGCCAGUCUUCACCGUGUGCCUACGGUUCCACCUGUGUGGACGAGAUCAACGGCUUCCGCUGCAUCUGUCCGAUCGGUAGAACAGGAGUCCGAUGCCAAGAGUUCGUAGGUAUCGGGAAGACUUGCCACUAUGCCGGCCUGCAGUUUCCCCACAGCAGCCGCUGGGAGGAAGAGUGUAACAGCUGCCAUUGCAUCAAUGGCAAAGUGGACUGUACAAAGGUGCUGUGUGGUCGGCGUCCCUGCCGGCUCCAGUCAUCGGUCCAGGAUGAGAGACAGCAGCAGUCCUGCCCAGCUGGACAAGAGUGUCUGGAGCACAGCUACCUCACGUGCUUCUCUCCCCCUUGCAAUGAGUGGGGGGUUUGUUCCAUGGCUGGACGCUCACCUUCACAAUCAUCCACAAAGUGCCAGCCUAACAGUGGGCAUUUGGACAACAACUGCGGCUCCAUAACACUUGUUUUCAACAGAGACAAAGUACCACCAGGAACAACAGUGGAGAACAUCUGCUAUGAGCUGAGAUAUCUUCCCGAUACCCGAAGCUUGGCAAAAGACCACGCCCUUCUCCUGCUCUGUGACCUCUCUCAUUCAAAUCCGGAUGCUGUAGAGGUGGCUAUAUCUUUCCACCCAGAGGAUCUCCCCGACCACAGUCUGAUCCAGCAGGCAGCCAGCGCCAUAGUGGGCUCCUUGUCCAAGCGGCACAACAGCACAAUCAUGCUGGCAGUCAUUGAGGUCAAAGUGGAAACGCAAGUCAUGCCCCCCUCAGUGGAUUACCUGGUGCCUCUACUAUGUGUGGUCUUCUUCAUGCUCUGCCUCUUCUGCAUCAUCGUAUGCGUUUGGUGGACGCGCAAACGGAGAAAAGAGCGCGAGAGGAACGCACGAUCGGCCACCGACGACAACGUGAACAACCAGUGGGAGCCGCUUCGGACCGUCGUGGGACGUCAGCAGCAGCAGCAGCUGAAAGAAAGCAACUGGGAGGCCGAGCAGGAGCGCAAAAAGCUCAUGGGCCCUUCCUAUCGGACGUGUGAUGGGGAGGAUGAGGAGGAGGAGGAGGAGGAGACGGAAGGCGAGCUUGAGCUCGAGGAGGAGUGUGGUGGAGCAGAGGCGGGAAAGCAGCAAGUUAGUAAGUACUCUAAGACUGCAGUGCAGUCCAGUGGUGGAAUGAUCUGCACCCUGCACAGCUCCAGUUCACCCCUCAAAGCGCCCCACCGGACCCCCGGCUACAGCCCCAAAGACAACCGCUGGAAAAAUGUCAGUGCCGCCUUGACUGGUCAAAAAGACCUCAGAGACCAUUGUGUAUAAGAAAUUUAAACAAAGGACUUGCAAUGUGGAAGCGAGAGAAGCUGCAAGGCAGCAACUAUUCUUAUUUUUGGACUACUUUUGGAAAGAAAAAAAAAAGGCUUUGUGUUUUAAUAAGCCGUUCUUUGCUUUGUUUUCAUGUUUUUGUCACUGUCACCUGAAAUUAUUUUUCAUUCAGGAGGCUAGAGCACAGUGAACAUCCUUUUUUUUUGUGCUUCUGUUCACUUAUUUUUCUUUAAUUAUGUACAAAAAGGAGCUGAAAUGUAACAAUUAUCCAGGAGGCAAAAGAAGCUCUCUGCAAUUUUUGUUUAUGGAAUCGUACUAUUAAAGAAACGAUGAAUCAUCGGAAAAGGAGACAGAAAAACAAAACAAAACAACCUGUAUAAAGAUUUUUUUUUUUUUCCUUUUUGUUUACAGAUGAUUUUGAUUUAGUUGAAUUGUCAGCAGGCUCCUGUUCAGUGUCUGUAGGGGUGCAGAUACACAUUAAAGGGACAAUAAACGAUGAGUUUUGAGGGGAAAUGGACUGUUGCAGCCACAGUAACAGAGAAAACCAUCCCCCCACUUGUUUUUUCGCUUUGUCUCUUUCCGGCUUCGCCCACCAAUCCACCUGUGGCCGUCAUGCGCCAGCCUUACAAAAACACUUGGCCUGGAGGGGGAGAAGGGGACAGAAACCCCAGUGCCUACUAUGUGGCCUUCCAUUUUUUUUUCUUCUCCUGUCUCUCAGUUGUCUUGGCUGAAAGCUCUGUUUGAGGAUUUUUUGCAGUAUUUGAGUUGGUAGCAAGUGCCUUUCCAAGAGCCGCGUCGAGGCUCCAAGUCGCGCUGCCCAGUUUGACCUCCUUGUUCUCAAAUCUCAAAGGGAUAUAAGUGUACAUUUAAAGAGUUCAAUUUCACAGCAACGCCAUUCAAGGUAUUUGAUCGAAACAGAAAUUAAUACUCUGUACAUAUGUGUAAAUACUAAAGGAGUCGCUGUGUAUAUUUGAAAUAAGUAACUUAAAGACAAGUCACACAUUUUUAUUAUUAUUAUUAUUAUUAUUAUUGUUAUUAUUAUUAUUAUGAUUAAUAUUAUUUUUAUUUUUUUUACAAUGCCAUUCCUUUUAUUUAUGCCAGUCAAAAUAGGCACGUUUUAUAACACUUCAUAUCCAGAGUCCCACAGUUAAGAAUCUUUACAAUGAGGUACCACUUAUGAAGGCAUUUCUGAAGGGUUUAUUUAUGGUUUGUCACAAGGAUACAAUUGUUUUUUUUUUUUGUGACAAACUUGUCACUUUUGUGCUUUUUAGUUAGCUAAAACUUCAAAAUUAUACCCCGACCUUAAAAUAACCAGUCACCAGGAGGACGAAACAUCGCACCCAUUUCCAGUUUUGAUGAUAAAACACUGUGUUGCAAAGCUGCCAACAUAAAAUAGCCUUAAACAGUCAAACCAUCUUUAAACCCUUCACAAACCCCUUUUGUUUCAGGUGCCUUAAUGUAAUGAGCAAUGCAUUAUUUGUGUAACCAAUGGUCAUCUUUUUAUGUUUGUUUGUUUUCACUAUUAAGGACUCUUUAAAGUCACUCUGUGUUUGUAUAGUGGCGUGUUUUAUUCGCCUGAGUAAAGUGCUCUCCUCGUCUCACUUUGCUAUCAUGGAGAUUUCUGGAAUAAAACACUUGAUGGAGGAUUUAAAGAAAAAAAAAGAGAGAGAAAACAGUCCACCAUGACUCUUUUCAGUGUCAUGAACGUGGAUGUCAGUAGGUCAAAUGUGGACAUCAUGCAUUAGCUUCAUGUUUGGUUUAAAGGCUUUAAUGAAGGGAACAAUAUUUGCAGAUGUUUUUUGCUACCACGCAGAUGUGUUUUUGUUUUUUUUUGUUUUUUUUAAGUUACCAACUCAAUUCAAAAUGACCCCUUUUCAUAUCAUGUCAUUGUCUCAAAACGCCAUCGUAUUUUCUGUAAAUGGGACACAGCAAAAUAAAGAAUUAAAGAUGCAUCACUGCUGGUGUUAAAAGCUGAA